GUGGCGCAUGCGGAAGGAGCGAGCCUCCUGCGCUUCCGCUUUCGGAGCUAGUAGCCCCUUGGAGCGUCGAGUGCCCGUUAACGGGCCAGUGCGACUGCCACUCCUCAGCCAUGUUGCGGGGCCUGGGCAGCUGGCUGGGGCUGGAGCGGGCAGGCGAGGAGAAGCUGCUGCCAGCGGAGAAGAGGAGUAGCUCCGCGGAGGAGGAAGAAGAAGAAGAGGAGGAGGAGGAGGUGGUGGUGGUCGAUAAGGAGGCGACUGUGCAGAGCUCGGAGCAGCUGGACUCGGAGGCGCUCCUCAGCCAGGCUAAGGGGCUCGGCAGUUACCUCUUCAAUUUUGCCACUGCUGCUACAAAAAAGAUAUCUGAAUCCGUUGCUGAAACAGCACAGACGAUAAAGAAGUCUGUAGAAGAAGGAAAAAUAGAUAGUAUCAUUGAUAAGACAAUUAUUGGAGAUUUUCAGAAGGAACAGAAAAAAUUUGUCCAAGAGCAGCAAACAAAAAAAUCAGAAGCAGCAGUACCUCCCUGGGUAGACAGCAAUGAAGAAGAGACAAUACAGCAACAAAUACUGGCCUUAUCAGCAGAUAAACGAAAUUUUCUGCGGGAUCCUCCGGCAGGCGUGCAAUUUAAUUUUGACUUUGAUCAAAUGUACCCUGUUGCAAUGGUGAUGUUACAGGAAGAUGAACUUCUCAAUAGGAUGAGGUUUGAUCUCGUUCCCAAACACGUAAAGGAGGAGGUGUUCUGGAGAAAUUAUUUCUACAGGGUGUCUCUAAUUAAACAGUCUGCACAACUCACUGCACUUGCAGCUCAACAGCAAGCAGGAGGAAAAGAAGAGAACAAAGGCAGAGAAGAGGAUAGUCAACUGAAAGAAACAGUACGGCCAAAAACACCACCUGUUGCAAUAAAGCCUCGAAUAAAAUCUCAAGAGGAUGAGGAAGAGAUUUCCACAAGUCCAGGUGUAUCAGAAUUUGUGAGUGAUGCCUUUGAUGCCUGUAAUUUGAAUCAGGAAGACCUAAGAAAAGAAAUGGAACAACUGGUGCUAGACAAAAAGAAAGAAGAGACUUCAGUAGUAGAAGAAGAAACUGCUGAUUGGGAAAAGGAAUUGCAACAAGAGCUUCAGGAGUAUGAGGUGGUAACAGAAUCAGAAAAGCGUGAUGAAAACUGGGAUAAAGAAAUAGAAGAAAUGCUCCAAGAAGAAAAUUAAGCAUUUUCACAAAAUCACCACAGCGCUAAGCUUUUUCUGAGGACUGAUGCGGUUUUCUGCUUUCAUAUUUUGCUUAUGAAAUAUCUUCAAAAGACAUAAAAGAAUCUAAAAUUGUUAUAAUUCCAUAUGGGAAUACAACCAGUAUUUCUGUUCUUUAUGAGCAGUUUCUGAACUACAUUCUUCAAAAGAAAAAAAAAAAAAAAGAGGAGACAGACAUAGCAGGUUAUAUGUCAUAAUUGAAAGCGGUAACACUACAUGAAGCAGCAGUUUAGUUUGUUGCCAUCUUAGGUGGUCAAGAAGCUCUGCAAAGAGAUUUCUAAACCUAAGAAUCUCAAACUUUUUGUCUGCAGCCUUCAGUUUUGGAUGUAAAAAUGGAUGUUGUAAGUAACUUAGACCUUGAUAACAACUCUUUCCUCACCUGUGCACUCUGAUCCCUGUAUAAUCUGUAAAUGUGUACUAUUUUUAAGGUACUUGUAGCUCGUAGCUUUCAUGUGUAUUUAACUAGUGAUUGUAGCCAAAGAGUUUAUAGAAAACCCUAUUGAAUAACUUCUGAUAUUUUGUUAAACAAAAUACUAAAUCAGACUCCAAAAGAAGUACUGAUUAAUUAUCAACUAGGUAUGAUUAACUGGCAAACAUUUAAGCAUUUAAAUAAGAACAAAGUUCUUAACUGCUUGAAUUAAGCUGUUGUUACAUCAUAAUAUUAAGAUGCUGCCUUUUCCCACAUAGAUAUGGUUUAAUGCAUUCUUUCUUCACAAGAUUGUUAUGUUUCCAUUUAAUUUUGCUGUCUGAGUGAGAACAGAUUGUUUCUCUUUAUUUUAAGUGCUGAAACAUUUCUGUAAAAAACAUGACUGGUUUGGGCAUCUUUAUUAAAUACUGUAGAUAUGUAUAAAAUUGGCUCAUUUGCUUGGAGGAGGGCAGAGUGAGAGACAAACAUACUUAAGAUUUGGACAGGUUUCAAAAAUAUACUUUUGUCACCAUGUAUAAGACAUGGGAUUUAAAUAGAAAAGUUUUCUUUAAAAGACUUUGAUUCUUCUUAGACAUCUGGAUGUUUCCUGUAGCUUUACCGUUAAGUCAGUAUCUUUGUGUAUAAAUGAAAUAUUAUGUUCUAUUUGUCAUUUGUUUUAUAAACUUAUGUGACAAAAUAUUCAUGCAAUUCCAAAUAUGAAGGAAAAGUGGAUAAAAUUAAGUAGAUAGGAGCCAUUAAGCCCAAUUGAAUUAUAUAGGUAUGUUACAUACAGUAAACUCUGUCUUAAUGACAAAAUUCAACAGGAAACUUUUAGUAAAGAGGCUGAAGUUAUUCAGCCUCAGCUGUAACUAUUCAGUCAAUAUUCAUCCCAUGGGAACUGAAAAGCGCUAAGUAUGUUUAACUGCUAUUGCUGUAAAAAAGGACUGUUUAAAAUUGUUGUUGUUAGUAACUUGGACGGAAAGCCCUCCUGUAUUUCUUAUUAUGGAAAUGAAUUGAUUUAAACCUGCAUCCAUUUGGCUUCUCCAAUUAGUUUAUUGCCAUUCACUUUCUCAACUACAAAUUAUCUUGAGCACAAUUUGUGUUCUUUAUAGUGUUUUUCGCUUUUGGUUAACAGAUGCAAGUCAUGCUAAAUAAGUACUUUUGGAGCUUUUAAUAUCUGGAAUUAAUUAAAGGCUGCAAAAGUCAAAUCUGUUACGCUUACAAAAAUCAGACUAUUCAAAGCUUAAUGUUUACACUUGACAAAUACAACUGCUUACAGAUUUAAGCUGGAGACAUUAGGAUCUGUCUACAUACAGUUUGACAUAACACAUCCUAAAAAGAUGGGUAGUUCUAUUCUUAUAGUGGCCAAUCUUCUCUGGAUGACUAAAAGCUCAGAAUAAUUGCUCUAAAUGUCUACUUCCUUAAAAACCAGCCUGAUAACUGCUAGUGAUUUGAGGUACAUGACAGGAUUAUUUGCAUGAGAUCUGUAUAUCAAGCUUUACCUCUCUUUUCAUGUGAGCAUAGCAUAUAUGAUGGUUAUAGAUUUCAAACUCCAUCUCUCAUAAAUGUUGGCUCCGCCUACAAGUAAAACUUUUGUUUUCCAAGUCUUGUGAAAAACAAGUAUGCCAACAAAAAAAAAAAACAAAAACACCACAACCAACCAACCAAAGAAAACGCAAUCAACCCACUACUUAAAUUUGCCUUUAAAAAGACAGUAACAUAGGGAAGCCAAGUCUAACUUGAGCUCUGGUAUUUAAAGUCUUACCAAAAUUGUAUUAAUACUUUCAAAUCCGCAUAUCUGGUUUUAACCUGGAAAGCUAAAGUAAGGUCUAUGUACUCCUGCAGUUUUCAGGGCUGUGCAAUGCCUUCCAUUAGGUUAGUGCUAACAGUGUCUCGCAGUUAUUACUGUGCAUGGUAAGAGGAAAAGUGUCUGCAUUCCACUUCUCACAUGAGAUGAACUCAGGUAGACCUCUUCAUGUUCACGGUGAAUUUUGUACGCAUCUGUAGCCCAAAUGUGUCAUCAUAUUUCAUAAGCAUGUAUGCCGGUGUUUUUUUAACAACAUCAUUCCAAGCACUGGGAUGGUGCCGCUCCUAAAAAUCAGUGACAAAGCCAAAGGAAACCAAGAAUGGGUGUUAAAUAAUACCAACCCGUGAAGACAAUUUAACUGAAAAUGCAGUUGUUUAAAACACUGAGGAAAUGCAAACAAACAAGAAGAUUGUUGGCAGGUCUUCUUAGAAGAAGAUAAGCUUGCAGAUUCUGGAAUUAACCCUUGAGAAAUAGGGAAAAGAUUGCCCAGGAAUCAUUAGGUUAGCUUGGAACAGUACUAACAACUUUCUUCUGAAACACCAUCUUUAGUUAAUCUGUGCACUGAAGCAUCCUCUUCAACUAUUUUAGUUUACUAGUCCAGUUGGUAUUAGUUCAGAUGUGUAUAGAAUUUUUUGAUUCACUAAUUUUUUUUGAGGAGGAACAAGAAGAAAGAUCAUAAAACCCUGCAAUAAAAGAAGUGUAGUAAAAUGUUCCCCUACCUUUUGUAGAAGGUGUCCCUGCCUGUGGCAGGGGGAUGGAACUAAGUAAUCUUUAAGGUCCUGUCCAACCCAGACCAUUCUAUGAUUUUUACUUGUUCAUUUACAGCUGUUCUCUAAAAAAAAGUUAACCAAAGCUUUCAAUUUCCUCAAUUAUUUCAGUAAAUUUUAUUUUAUCACUUCAGUUGGGUCAAAAAUCUAUUUUUUUUCUCCUCACUGUUUGGUUAUCUUGGUGUUUGUUUUAUGGGGUUAUGCCUGUAGUACUGAAGCACAGAAUGUCAAUUUUAACCUCAUGCAUUUGAGGUUUUAAAAGAAUAACCCUUUGUACAGGAGUCUAUCACCUGACCAUGAGAUGCAUCCUUGAACUGUUGGCCACUCAUAUAUUAUUGACUUUUACUUUGUAAUAGGCCUUACAUAAAAGGGAACAAAGCAUGCCUGGUUACUUACCGGCAUGCUGCCAAGCAACAGCAGCCCCACUGGGUCCUCAGUCCAUGUGCUGUACCUAGAGUCUGGUUGGAUGACUGCCGUGCUGAGAACCACACAGAUAAUGGCCUACCUUUUGAUUCAGCCAAGGUUCAGAAGAUGUAUUGUCUAGCCUGAUACUAUACAGAUCAGUAAGUGCUGAAUUAUAUAACAACAGCUGUACAGCAGCCUAGCCUUAAAUCACGUUAUCCAUUAGCAGAUUUUUGUUCCAAACUACUCAUUUUCAAUGUUUUCUUCUGUUGCUUUAAAUGUUAGGGGGUUGAGUUGUUUUGAGGUUUUUUUCAGAUCAGUGUUCCAAUUGUUUUAAAUAAAAUGGUAAGUAACAGUGAAUUAAUUUCUUGCUAUAUUUUCUUUGUAUUAUACUUAAUUAUUUCAGAAAACAUUUCCUACAAGAAUAGCAGAAGACAUGUAUGGCUUCAUUUUCUUCUCAGCACAGCCCAGUAUUGGUUAUCUAUAUAUACAUUUGAAGACCAUGCACAUAUAUAAAUAGAAACCUACAUCUAUGAGUGUCUAAAUAUAUUCAAAAAAUCAUAAUAUACUUUUCCUUUUCAGCUGUCACUUUUAACUAGAUACCAUCACGAGAGGAGGAGCAACCAAAAUAAUAAUCAUUAGUUUGUCACUGUAUCAUUUUUAAUGAGACUGUGCUCUGUAGGAAUCAUCUGGAAGAAUGAAUCACUUGCUUUAUUUCUUAAAAGCCUGGUUUUCACUCUGGCACAGGUUGGGAAUGUUUUCCUCUGCUAAUUCAGGGAUUCAUGAAGCUAUGACAAACCUCUCCAGGUUUGGAUAAGAUAAAUUUGGGGAGGUAUGCUUAAUCCAAAAUUUACACAGGCAGAAAGGUUAUUUUAGCUCUGUGAUUCUGACAAAGUAGGGGAAGAUAGAAGUGCAAUUAGUAAAGGGCUAUAUAUAAAACUAGAAAAAUAAAGGAUUUGAUGCAUGAUUUGAUAUACAAUGCUUUAAUGAAAACCCUGUUUAGUGUGUGGUUGUUUACUUGUACACAUGCACAAUACCUUAUUUUGCACUUCUCUUAUUUAUUUGUUCUCUUUACCUAUGGCUUCCAUACUCAAAUGUGAAGGUUUCAGGAGCAGGCACAGCUCCUGCUCUUCUGCAUUUCGUAACCUUCCCAAGGAGAAAUGGGCCAAUUUACCUCACAGUCAAAUAAUGGCUAAAGAACAGACCGAUUACACUCAGCUUCUUGUCUCACUUCAGAAACAUUUUAAUGCUGGCCAUAUGCCCUUUCAUGACUUUGAUGUCUGCAAUUUAAACAUCAAACAGUUUUUCUUUUGCUGUAUCAUCACUGCCUUGCAUCCUGUAUCAUGUAACAAGACUUUAAAGCCCAUAGUGUGUUGUAUGGAUAAAAAGUGCUACUGUAAAAGUAUUACUGGGGCGGAGAGGAGCCUCCUCAGACAUUUAAUGUGGAUGUAGUGUCAAAGAAUUAGUAGGCAUGUGAAUGAAAGAGCAGAAACCAUUGCCUACGCCAGCAAAAAUACUGUUACAUAGGAUCUUUCUGGCAGAGGAACGUUAUCAGUCACACUUCAAGUCUCUCUGGCUACAGAUGCACUAGUCGACUGAUGUGUCUGAGCAUGUGUUGAAAUCUGAAUGCCUAUAAACAGUUAGUAAGAGCCCUACAAAUGUU